GUUUUGCCGCCUCUGCGGGCGGAGCGCUUCUUCGGCCGGCAGGUUGGUAAAAACCUAGCCAAGAGAGUGAAGCGGCUAACCGAGAAAGCACAGAAUGAGAUGACCGCAGGAGAAAUUGCACAGACAGAGUGGCGCCAGUGGUAUCCACCUGUCAUGGUGCCAUGGAACAGAUUUGUUAAGUCGGCGGGUGAUGGUUUUUCAGUGGAUAUGGACCGGGCUUCGCCUCCCACCCAGCCGUGCGUUCCAGUAAGUGGUAACGCGCACGACGUGACUCAACCAACUGCGAACAAGAUGGGAAACAGGGAGGCAGAGGCGCGCUCAAGUCCCACAACUACAUCGAGAGCGUCAUUUGUAUCUUCGACGCCAGCGCCCACUGCCUCGGGUGGUACAGCGGGCCGAUUACCACCAGGAGCGCAAAGUCCAGUCUCCGACGACGAAGCAGAUAGAAGCUACAAUACGCUGUCCGAAAACUUUUUCUUCUCGCCGCGAUUCCAGAAUCUGGGCCGCGAGACCGCAGGGGCUUUGCCAACGCGUUUGGACGGAAAUCUCGGAUGGGUCCUGGGACACACAGUUGGAGCACUUCUAGCGAACGGUUUAACAGGUUACAUCGCAUCCUGCGCCGAUCUUGACCGGCCUCCGCGACUGUGGACACCAACUGGGGUACCUUUAGUAACGGCAGUCCAGUACGAUAAAAGACGUGCGGCCGCAAGCAAAGCGCGGAAUCCAAUAUCACCAGCAGCUGCGAC